AUUUGCGUUUUCUUUGUCUCAUAGAACAAGAAAAGAAUAUGUCGAUGGUUAAGUACUACGAUAAAGAGGAACAUGUUGGGUUUUGGUUUCAUCCUUCUGCCCAAGAACUCAUCAUCCGUUAUAUCGGGCCUAAGGUUACCAAAAGAUCAAAUAAAGAAUUUGAAUUAGAAGACAAGUUUGACAUCUAUGCCAAAGAGCCGUGGCGGUUGUCUCACACCGAGACUAACUUUUUGGAACCUAAUGAAUGGUUCUAGUUCGUGAAAGUGAAUCAUCUCUCUGAAAACGUUACUGGAAAACGCAUCAGCCGCAAAGUCAAAGGAGAGACGGUUGAUGGAUGUUGGAAAGGCCAUGGGAAGUUGAGUGAUGUCGUGUUGGAAGAUACCGGUGCAGUGAUUGGGAAGAAGUCUAAGUUUCUACGUCAAAGGUGAGAGACAAGCCAGUGGUUGGACCAUGACAGAAUACUAUC